CCAUAUCUCUCGUGGCGCGCUUCCGCCGGCGGUUGCCAGGGCGACGGCGGCGCUCCGUGCGGGGAGGCCCCGGGCCCGCCGCCGGUCGGAGCGGGGCGCUCAGAGCCCCUCGCCCGCCGCUUCCCCCCUCACGAUGUUCAUCUACCUGUGCAAGAAGAUUGCAAUUCCUGGUAAUGUUCAGUUAAGAUGUAUUUCCUGGAAUAAGGAUGAAGGUUUCAUAGCCUGCGGUGGAGAGGAUGGAUUACUGAAAGUUUUAAAGUUAGAAACUCAGACAGAUGAAGCAAAAAUAAAGGGACUUGCAGCUCCUAGUAAUCUUUCUAUGAAUCAAACUCUUGAAGGUCAUAGUGGUUCUGUGCAAGUGGUGACAUGGAAUGAACAGUAUCACAAACUAACAACCAGUGAUCAAAAUGGGCUCAUCAUCGUGUGGAUGAUGUAUAAAGGUGCUUGGUAUGAAGAGAUGAUUAACAAUAGAAAUAAAUCUGUAGUUCGAAGUAUGAGCUGGAAUGCUGACGGACAGAAGAUUUGUAUUGUGUAUGAAGAUGGAGCUGUGAUUGUUGGAUCUGUGGAUGGCAAUCGCAUCUGGGGGAAAGACUUGAAAGGUACACACCUGUGCCAUGUGACCUGGUCCUCCGAUAGCAAAAUUUUACUCUUUGGAAUGUCAAAUGGAGAAAUUCACAUUUAUGACAGUCAGGGAAACUUUAUUGUGAAAAUGAAGCUGAGUUGUUUGGCAAACUUAACUGGAGCAUUCCAUAUUGCUGGGAUCCAUUGGUACCAUGGUACAGAAGGCUAUGUUGAACCAGAUUGUCCUUGUCUUGCUGUCUGCUUUGAUAAUGGAAGAUGCCAGAUAAUGAGAGAUGAGAAUGACCAGAAUCCUAUCUUGAUCGACACUGGUAUGAAUGUAGUGUGUAUUCAGUGGAACCACUGUGGAAGUGUGUUGGCAGUGGCUGGCUCCCUAAAAGCAACUUCUCAAGAUAAAGAUGUAAAUAUUGUGCAGUUCUACACUCCAUUUGGUGAGCAUUUGCGCACACUGAAAGUUCCUGGCAAGCAGAUGUCAGCCUUGUCUUGGGAGGGAAGUGGACUGAAAAUUGCACUAGCUGUUGAUUCGUACAUAUAUUUUGCAAACAUUCGGCCGGAUUACAAGUGGGGUUACUGCUCCAAUACGGUGGUUUAUGCAUACACCCGACCUGAUCGUCCGGAGUACUGUGUAGUUUUCUGGGAUACAAAAAACAAUGAGAAAUACGUGAAAUAUGUCAAGAGCCUGAUUUCCAUAACGACUUAUGGAGACUUCUGUGUUUUAGCAACUAAAGCGGAUGAAGAUCAACCUCAGUAUGUGCUGGUUCUCUGCAAUUCUAUUGGUACUCCCUUGGACCCAAAAUAUAUUGAUAUUGGGCCGUUGUUUGUCACAAUGACCAAAACACAUGUGAUAGCAGCUUCAAAAGAAGCGUUCUAUGUCUGGCAAUAUCGUGUGGCCAAGAAGCUCACAGCAAUGGAAAUUAAUCAGGUAGCACGGACCAGAAAAGAAGGCAGGGAAAGGAUUUAUCAUAUUGAUGACACACCUUCAGGAUCUGCAGAUAGACAACUUGAUUACAGCAAAGCUGUUGAAGGAACAAGAGAUCCAAUUUGUGCAAUAACAGCAUCUGAUAAGAUACUACUUGUGGGCAGAGAAUCUGGCACUAUUCAGAGGUACAGUCUUCCUGCUGUUGGCAUAGUUCAGAAGUAUACCCUGAACUGCCGGCCGUAUCAGCUGUCUUUGAACUGCAACUCCAGUCGUGUUGCUAUCAUCGACCUUUCAGGUGUUUUGACUUUCUUUGACUUGGAUGCACGGGUAAUAGACAGUACAGGACAGCAAGUGAUAGGUGAACAACUGAAACUGGAACGCAAAGAUGUCUGGGAUAUGAAAUGGGCCAAAGAUAAUCCAGAUUUGUUUGCAAUGAUGGAGAAAACAAGAAUGUAUGUCUUCAGAAACUUGGAUCCAGAGGAACCUAUACAAACUUCUGGAUAUAUUUGCAACUUUGAAGAUUUAGAAAUCAAAUCUGUUCUUCUGGACGAAAUACUAAAGAAUCCUGAACGUCCUAACAAAGAUUACAUCAUCAAUUUUGAGAUUCGGUCAUUACGAGACAGUCGAGCACUGAUUGAAGAAGUUGGGAUUGAGGAAUCUUCCCAAUUCAUUGAAGAUAAUCCACAUCCCAGGCUUUGGCGUCUUCUGGCUGAAGCUGCUCUUCAGAAGCUAGAUCUGCAGACUGCAGAACAAGCUUUUGUGCGCUGCAAAGAUUAUCAAGGUAUUAAAUUUGUAAAGCGUCUAGGCAACCUGCAGAGCGAGUCAAUGAAGCAAGCAGAAGUGGCAGCCUAUUUUAGCAGAUUUGAAGAAGCUGAAAGAAUGUAUUUGAAUAUGGACAGAAGAGAUCUUGCCAUUGGACUACGGAUAAAACUAGGAGACUGGUUUCGAGUAUUGCAGCUAUUGAAAACUGGCUCAGGUGAUUCAGAUGAUGCCCUUCUUGAACAAGCACACAAUGCUAUCGGAGAUUAUUUUGCAGACCGUCAGAAAUGGUUAAAUGCCGUGCAGUAUUAUGUACAAGGACGAAACCAGGAACGUUUAGCUGAGUGUUACUACAUGCUGGAGGACUACCAGGGACUAGAGAAUCUUGCUAACUCGCUUCCGGAGAAUAAUAAAUUACUCCCUGAUAUAGCUUAUAUGUUUGUAAGAGUGGGAAUGUGUGAACAAGCGGUUUCAGCCUUUCUGAAAUGUAAUCGACCAAAGGAUGCAGUGGAUACCUGUGUACAUCUCAACCAGUGGAAUAAAGCUGUGGAGCUGGCUAAAAAUCACAAUAUGAAAGAGAUCGGAUCCUUGUUAGCCCGAUAUGCAAGUCAUUUACUGGAAAAGAAUAAAAUCCUUGAUGCUAUAGAACUCUAUCGGAAAGCCAAUUAUUUCUUUGAAGCUGCUAAUCUCAUGUUCAAGAUUGCGGAUGAAGAGGCAAAGAAAAGAACAAAGCCUUUGCGAGUUAAAAAGCUUUAUGUAUUAUCAGCUUUACUUAUAGAACAAAGCCACGAACAAAUGCAAAAUAAACAAAGGGGAAAAGUUAAAGGAAAAAACUCAGAGACUGCUUCAGCUUUGGCUGGUUUGCUAGAAGAUGAUGUUCUUUCUUCAACUAAUCGCUUUGCAGACAAUGCUUGGCGAGGAGCUGAGGCUUACCACUUUUUCAUACUUGCACAAAGACAGCUUUACAAAGGUUCUAUAGAUGCAGCACUUAAAACAGCUCUUCAUUUGCGAGAUUAUGAAGACAUUAUCCCUGCAGUUGAAAUCUAUUCUCUUUUGGCUCUGUGUGCAUGUGCAAAUAGAGCUUUUGAUACGUGUUCAAAAGCCUUUGUUAAACUAGAAUCCUUGGAAACUCUUAGCCCAGACCAGAGGCAACAAUAUGAAGAUCUUGCUCUAGAGAUAUUCACGAGACAUUGUCCUAAGAAUAACAAAAAAUCUGAUCUGGAUGAUGUUCUUGAGAGUGGAGAUGGGAAACUUCCUAUAUGUGUUGCAACAGGAGACCCUAUCCUGGAGUAUCGAUUCUGGAUGUGCAGUGUGUGUAAGCACUGUAUGAAAGCCAAAGAAAGAAGCAAUUAUAACUUCUGCCCUCUGUGCCACAGUUCAGCAUAGCAGAGGAGAGAGGUCUCUGUAUCCUUGUAUCUGUUACGUCUCAAACAUACUGUCUAAAAUGUUAUUCACAUAGGAUGUUUUAUACUGUAUUGUCACAGAUAACUAUCACAAAUGUUUUAAAAAAAAAAAAAACUAAUGGUUCCAUUUAUGUGAAGAAAUACGUUAACUUUUUUUUACAAAGGUUUAAGCCAACAGCAUUCUUUUUGAAUCGUAAAUUGAACCUAAUUUCUAAACUAUGCAAACUGAAUGUAGGUUUGUUUUAACACACUUACCACACUUUCAUUUUUAUAAUUACGUAGGAAAUAAUUGGCUUUUCUUAAAAUUCACAAAUCACAACUGUUUUACUAGAGUGACACUACUAGCUUAGUUAUAUGCCUGUGCUAUGUUCUUUUGCCAAGUGAAAUUAAAUCCACAACUGUAAUAAAGGACUUGCUAACGUUUAGAAAUCAGUGCUUUCAGUUUGCAUUUGCGUUCAUGAGCUUUUUCUAGUGCUGUGUUUAAUCAGUGCAGGAAACUGAUGUGAACCUUGAAAUUGCAAUCUGGUAAUGAGCUGCGUUGUACCUGCAGUCAGCUUGAAGGGAGCAGCUGACAUCUGUUAAACCUUCAUCUCUAAGGAAGAUAUCAGUUCAGCUCUUGAAAUCUGUUCAAGGAACAUAGCUUUACUUAGAGCUGAGCUGUUCUAUUUUAUUGCUAGCUUUGAGCCACACUGUUUGUAGUGUUGUAUGGAAAUGUUGCAGGCCCUUUCUCCACUUUAUGAGCUUUCUCCACAAGUCAGCACUUGGCAGGUUGCAAGCAUUAAAAUUCACCUCAAGUCACUGUGUUUUUGAUAAAGGGGGAUGAGGACUCACGAGAAGACCACUGGAGAAAAAUGUAUUUCAGUUAACAUUAGGCUGUGUAAGAAUAAAUCCCAUUUUGUAUUUAGAAUAUGCUUUAUUAAAUAUUUUUCUCUCCUGGCA